AUGAACGAGGAGAAAAAUCACUCAGAUACAAUAGCAAACAUAAUCCAGAAAUUUGAGAGUUUCCAACAAAACACUGUAACGAUUGAGGAUAUGCCACCUAGGCCCAUAACAGCUCCGCCAAAGCUAAAUGGGAAUGACAAAUCUGUGGUUCAUAGAAAAGACGAGUUGAUAACAAAGCUUUGUGAGGAAGUGUGCUACCUCAAUAACCAAAUAGUGGAGCUUAACGAUACCAAGGAAACAAAGUUCAUUGAAGACAUGAAGAACAGAGAUCACGAUCACGUGUUUGAAGACAACUAUUUCAUGAUAUCAGGGGCUGUCUCACCAAUGCUGGAACCAGAAAUAUUAGCUAACUUUUCAACGUCAGCGGAGAAACAUCUCCAAGCUAAAGAAAUACCUCUUGAGGAUAAGACUGAUUUUCUGGAGAGAGCGAUACUAUCCGGUACUCCAGAUCAAGAUGACUGUUCGGGCUACAACAAACUAAACACUUCCCCAAAGCUCUCCAACCUGAGUGAGGGUCACACCUCUUUAAACGUCAAGUUAUCCCACGGUGACGUAGUGUCUGAUGACGUCAUAUCUAAUUCUGAUGACGUCACGUGUGCAGAUGACGAUGUUAUAACUGGCCCCAAGUUGACUCGGACCCAUUUCACUUCCUCGCAGUCAGAUAUUGAGAAUUGUGGCGCUAACUUUGAAGAGACUGAUUAUUACAGAACUUCGAGUAGGGUGGCUGUAAAAACGGACAAAGAUGUCAGAGACCCUAAACGGAGCUCGAAACAAACGCCAACUAUCUACAUGUCUCUGUGUGAGCGUCACGCUGCUUACUCGCUGGUGUCCUGUCGUGUGGGAGAAGGCUCGGUCUCAUGA